AUGCCGCUCUUCAGUCACUACGGGGAUGUUGAAGACAUUUCCGAUCGUCUAGCUGUUCCAGCUCUGGUAUUCUCCAUUAUCACGCCACUAUUUAUUAUAGCGAGGGUUGCCACUCGGCGAUACUAUUCAAAGAGCCUUGGACCUGAUGACUGGACCAUAUUGGGAUCUCUGGUGUUUGCGGAAACCAUUUCGAUUCAGAUGAUCAUCAACGCUCAUACUAACCGUUCACUGCAGCUAUACUAUUUCGCACAGAUAUUCUACAAGAUAACCAGCGCCUUGACGAAGAUAAGCGUUUUGCUUCUCUACCUUCAGGUCUUCAUUCCACCCUGGUUUAAGACCACCUGUUGGGCGGGCAUCGCAGUCAUUGUUGCAUUUACCGCCGGGACCGUCGUCUCAAGUAUUUUCCAGUGCAACCCAGUCCCUUAUGCGUUUGACAAGAAGACUCCAGGAGGUGGAACAUGCAUCAAUGUGGCUGCAUUUUGGUUCGCAAAUGCGUCUUUCAUCAUUGCAACCGACGUGUUCAUCGUCCUGCUGCCCAUUCCAGUCAUACUUCGGCUACAGCUGCCGGACAGGAGUAAAGUGGCUCUGUGCGGAGUGUUUGCUCUCGGAUUAUUUGUCUGCAUAACAUCGAUUCUCCGCAUCACAACCAUCGACCUCGCAACAUCCCGUUCUGAUACACCCUGGACGAACAUAAACUCGUCAGUGUGGACGGUCAUCGAGUAUAACCUUGCUAUCAUCUGUGCAUGCAUGCCGUCGCUCUGGAGGCCGAUAUCAAUACUCAUCCCCAGCUUUCUGGAGCGGUUUAUCAACUCCUGCUACUGGUCAAGCAAGCACAAGAGCAGCCAUGCCCAUAGCAGUGGGCCUUCGGUCAUCAGCGCAACCAUGAGGGCAGAACAAUCGAACCCAUACUUCAGCAGAGCAUGGUCCCCAUUGCCUUCAAAUGCUCUACCCCCCAAUAAGUCCAGGUCACGACAUCCUAGUACCUCCGCUAGUAUAGGGAUUGGGAAGUUGGAUCUGGAUCUAGAAUCGCAGGAGAGAGUCGAUGCAAUGGUUGAUAAGGACAGUGAUUCAGAAAAGCACGGUAUUCGAAUGACCACUCACGUCGUCGUCAAGUACGACGAAGCAAGUGAAAAUGGAGAAUCUUUGGACAAGAAACAGGCGGGUAUUGAACUACGACAUGUGGAAAUUGGUGCCCGGUAG